AUGCCGGUAAAGAAACGGAAGUCGUAUUCCGCACGUUACUAUGCUUCCCUUGCUCAGAACAUCGCUGAGAACGGUUUUGUCGUUAUGCCUUGCUCUUGGUGCGCGUCUCAAGGUCUUGUCUGUAAAAUGAUCGCGUAUAUAAAGCGUUACGAGGCCUGUGUUUGUCGAGGUCGUUCUUACGAUGGCUCUAGCAUCUUGCUUUCUUCCUGAUCGUAUUCUCUAGGAGCAGCGUCGUAUUAAGGAUGUUAAACGUCGUGCUGAACUUGAGCUAGAUAAAUCCUAAUGCCGUCUGGAAGAAGCCUAGCGCGAGUUGUCUGAAAAGCUUGUACGGCUCUAGUGUCUUCGUCAGUAGAAGGAGUUUUUAGUAGAGAAAGGUGCCAAUAUGGUGGCACGUAGUCUAUCGACCUUAGACGAGUUAGAGGCGAUUAAGCGGUAAGAGUGGCAAGAGGCGCCUACUAUGCCUUCGUCAGAGAUUAAUGAUGCCGCCAAUGCUGUCGACUGGGGCGUCGUCUUUGAUUCUGUCCCAGGUUUUCCUUUAGUCGAUCUAGAUUCUGCCGGUGGAACUGUUCCAGUUUCUUAGGGCAAUUCAGGUUCUUGACUAGUUCCUAUAAGUUGUCUUCUGGUCCAAAAUCAAGCCAUUUGACUAGGUACUGCAGUUCCCUGUUGAUAAUGCGUGAAUCCAGAAUUUCUUCGACGUCC